AUGUCGGAGGCGGGGGGCGCGGGCCGGGCGCGGGCCGCCGUGGAGCGGCUCUCGGAGGCGGUGGGCGAGCGGCGGCGGCAGCUGGGCACCGCCAUGGGGGAGGCGCGGCGGCAGCGGCGGCUGCUGCUGGUGGUGGUGUGCGUGGCGCUGCUGCUGGACAACAUGCUCUACAUGGUCAUCGUGCCCAUCAUCCCUGACUACAUCGCGGCCAUGCGCGGCGGCGGGGGCACCGCCGGCCCGUCCGCGCCCGCGGGGGGCAACGGGAGCGGCGGCGGCAACCGGAGCCUUCUGCCGGCGCGGUACCCGCCGGCCUCGGGGGGCAACGAGGACGUGCAGAUCGGGGUGCUGUUCGCCUCCAAAGCCAUGCUGCAGCUGCUGGUGAACCCCCUCAGCGGCACCCUCAUCGACCGCGUGGGCUACGAGGCGCCGCUGCUGGCCGGGCUGGCCGUCAUGUUCCUCUCCACCGCCACCUUCGCCUUCGCCGAGAACUACGCGACGCUGUUCGCGGCGCGCAGUCUGCAGGGGCUGGGCUCUGCCUUUGCCGACACCGCCGGCAUCGCCCUCAUCGCCGACCGCUACGCCGAGGAGCCGGCGCGGAGCCGCGCCCUGGGCACGGCGCUGGCCUGCAUCUCCUUCGGCAGCCUGGCCGCCCCCCCCUUCGGCGGUGUCCUCUACGAGUUCGCGGGCAAGCGGGUGCCCUUCCUGGUGCUGGCCUGCGUCUGCCUCCUCGACGGGCUGCUGCUGCUGGUCCUGGCGCCGCCCGGCGGCACGGGGGCACGGGCCAACAUGCCUGUCGGCACCCCCAUCCACCGCCUCAUGAUUGACCCCUACAUUGCCGUGGUGGCAGGGGCCCUGGCCACCUGCAACAUCCCCCUGGCCUUCUUGGAGCCCACCAUCGCCAACUGGAUGAAGGAUUCCAUGGGGGCUAGCGAGUGGGAGGUGGGCCUCACCUGGCUGCCCGCCUUCUUCCCCCACGUGCUGGGCGUCUACGUCACCGUCCGACUGGCUGCUGCGUACCCCCACCUGCAGUGGUUUUACGGGGCCCUGGGCAUGGCCAUCAUCGGUGCCAGCUCCUGCUUGGUGCCAGCCUGCAGGAAUUUCGGGCAGGUCAUCAUUCCCCUCUGUGGCAUCUGCUUUGGCAUCGCCCUGGUGGACACAGCCCUGCUGCCCACCCUGGCUUUCCUGGUGGACGUGCGUCACGUCUCUGUCUAUGGCAGUGUCUACGCCAUUGCGGACAUCUCCUACUCCGUGGCAUAUGCCCUGGGGCCCAUUGUGGCCGGCCAGAUUGUGCACACCAUGGGCUUUGCACAGCUCAACCUGGGCAUGGGGCUUGCCAACGUGCUUUAUGCCCCUGUCCUCCUCUUUCUCAAAAAUGUCUGCCAAAUGAAACCCUCUCACUCAGAGAGGAACAUCCUCCUUGAGGAAGGACCUAAGGGACUCUACGACACCAUCAAAAUGGAGGAGCGCAAAGGUGUGGGGAAAAGCCUCCAGCCAGCAGGAGAGAUGGAUGAGAAUGGCAUGGACUCUUAUCACAGAGACCUGAAAGGGGUAUCUGAGGAGGACUCAUCAGACUAUGAGUACAGUUAGGUUCCCCCACGUGGCCCAGACCCAGGAGCAAGGAGAGACGUAUGGGAGAGAGACAGAGCGAGGGAUGAAAACGUUACUGCAUUAUGUUUCUGUACUGAUGUGCAAUAUAUACAGUUUAACCCUUUGUCAUGAUGUAAUGGCUUUCUUCUAGACUUACUGUUAAUCAGUAUUUCCCUCAGCAUUCUGGCAAGGUGGAGGGGGUGGGAAAUGUGAGACAGACCUGAAGAAAAUUAUUGGAGUAAUCAUUAGCAGAAAUCUGAGGGGAUCUUUCAAAAAAAAAAACACCAAAAAGAAAACAAAAAACCCAACAGCCUUGUAGCUGGGGUAUAAUUGUGCAGAGUGUUCUCGAGCUGAAACUGUGUGUGACAUACUGUAUAUCUCUGUAAAAAUUACAAGGAAAGCAAAAAAAGUAUGUGUAAAAUUUCAAAUGGUGUAUUCAGGGACUUAGUAAAUCUUGUGUACAUGUACUCAGACUUUCAGUUGGUUUCAUAUAUUUAAGAAGAGCAACAUCUGUCUCAUUUUAUUCUUCCUUGGGAAUAAACUGAACUAUUGUACUUUUUUUUUUUCUCUCUUUUGUGCUGCUCUCCGGUAAGUGCAAUAUGCUGUAUUAUGUUGAAGUCCAAGUUACAAGAAUAAUACGAUCUGAAUAAACAGAAUUGAAGGGGA